AUGGUCUUAUUAUUAUUAUUAACCCACCACCGUCAUUCACCUUCGCCGUCACAUGACACCACUUCCGUCGUCACCCACCGCCACCGUCACCCACUUUCGCCGCCACCACCACCAACCCAGCUGUCACCUGCCACCACCCACCACCGCCACCACCCACCCCUGCCCUUGUUGUCUCCCACCAUCGACACCUCCGCCCCCGCUGUCACCCGUCACCACCCCGCCACAACCGCCACCCACCCUUACCUCAGCCGUCAUUCGUCACCUGCCACCCACCUCUACCACCGACCACCACCGUCGAUGUCACCCAUCACCAUUUUCGUCGUCGCCACCUACCUUCGCCCAACCACCACCCCGCCGCCGUUGUCACCACCUCCGACCACCGCUCCAAACGCCACCUAUCACCACCUACCACCACCGGCUGCCGUCACUCACCACCAAUUUUAUUCCCCCGUCUAUUCUUUCUACCAAAUAACAUAA